AUAGUAAAGAUAAUGAUGCCAAGUUAAGCUAGGAUGGAAAACGUUUUAGAAGAAAAAGGUGGAUCACAUCAACGAAGGAAAAUUAGUAAUGUAAACUUGUUAAGUGAGAGUUUGGAAUAAUUAAGGCAAUCUAACUGGAUUCUGUAACUCGUAUAUAAUUAUUACAUGCCCUUUUUUUUUUUUUUCCUUUCUUCUCACCAUCACUUUGAUGGAUAGGAUCAUAAUUAACAUCACCUAUAUUCCCAUAAAAAUUUAGAGCAAUUUAAUAAGGUUAAUAUUCUAUGUAGUACGUAUUACAUCUGUAAUUUAUGUAUCUUUAUACGAUUAAUAUUUAAUUAGAGGAUUAAACCUUGGCCACAUCCAAAAAUAAAUUGAAACUAAAAACUACUUUGUACGUACUUCUGGAUUAAUGAAUAGGAUUAUUUUAUUUAAUUUACAACACAUGAUAUUGAGAUGGUGAGGCCGUGCCAAAAUUUUUACAAUUUUAAUUUACUUGCACAAAGCUGUACUACUUUGCUCAAAAAAAAAAAAAAAAAGUACUUCAUAUAAUCAUAUUUGCUAAAUAAAGGUUAGAAGGAUAUACUCGGUAGUCGGUACCUAUUUUUUUUUGGAUAUAAGUAAAAAGAAAAAAAAUUAAAAAAGGAUAUACUAAAUAGCCCAUUGUAUUCUUUCAAAAAAAAUAAAAAUAAAAAAAAAGCCCAUUGAACAAUUUUUAGGAAAGUCCUCUCAAAUUUUUUAAGAAAAUAUUACAAAAAAGAAAACCCUCAAAAUGGCAGCAAAUCUCUCACUUUCUUUAAUACGUAGUACUCAAAAUUCUCAAAGAUCAUGCAAGUAAAGAACACUUACAUGCAAAUUUCAAACUAUUAAGAAAUUUUUUAAAAACCGCGUGACAGAAAUAAUUAGCUGGAAUUAAAAAAAAAAAAAAAAAAAAAAACCUUUUUAGAAAGAAAGUGAAAAUAAAAAGUACUACGUAGAUCACAUCAAAACAAGGAAAAUUAGUCAAAUAUUUAAGUAAUAGCAAGGAACUGUUUAUGGUAAAUUAACAGGAUUCUACCAAAGAAAAUCUUAAUUUCUUGGAAAUUUUAAAAGCUAGUUUCCAUUGAUAAAAUUAUGUACCCAAAUUUUAUUUUAUUUUUGUUCUAUCCUCUUAAUUAAUGGAUACGAUCAUCAAAUUCUUAAACUCACCGCCCUUUUAUUGUCUUUAUAUUAUAAAGUCUUCAACUAUAUAAGUCAUAUAAAUUUCUUACAGUUCACCAAUAUCUAAUUAUCUUACACUAUAAUUUCUCUCCCUUUUAUUUCUCUAAACUCCCUACCACUACAUUCAUAAUAUAGCUUAGAAAAAGAUCAUGGAUAACUUGGAAAAUGUUGAAGUGGAAUUUUGAUGAGACCGAGGACGAUCUAAGGGUGCAGCUACUACGCGUGACGAAUGAACUAGAACAGGCAAGAAAAGAAAAAAUUGAAAAGGAAAAACUUAACAUGGAGAAUGUCAAGAAACUGAUUUAUCUUUUCGAAUUUGCCAACAAGGAAAGAGAUGAGCUAAAACACCAAUUGCGCACACUUUCGAUGGUCAAGGGUUAUAAUAAACCCUGUGCUUGUUCAUUACCAACGACAACGAUGACAACAACAGCAACUAACACGUUCACAAGUCUACCAAAUAGACUAGAACAAACUAAUAUAGGUUCCGUUGUUGGCCGAGUUCAGACUGGUUCAAAUAUAUGCAACCUUACCUCUAACCCGUCAAUCACCCUACCAACAAAUCAAGGUUCCGUUAUUAGCCAAAUCCAAACUAAUUCGAAUGCAUGCAACCUUACCUCUAACCCGUCAAUUACUGUACCAACAAAUCAACAACAUUUUGGUACAAAUCACCUUAGCCCGAACCACACAGCAAUUUUUCCUACCAUGUCUUCUCAAAGUCCCUUGAUGAUGGUUAAUAACAAUGCCAACCUCUCAAAAAGUAAGUUCAACGACUCGAGCAUGGCUAAUUCAUCAUCGUCCAUGGAUUCAUUCUUCGACGUUGGUUCUUUUUCCGACGUAAGCUACUUGGGUAAUUCUGAUAACCUAAUGAAUUGUACUAACUCAAGUUAUGAUCCAAGUGUGUUGGACAAUUUAGUGCAAGGGAAGACUAAGCCUGAGAAAGGGAAGCUUCUACAGUCUGUGAUUGAGGCAGGUCCUAGUCUUGACUCUCUCUUGGUGGUCGGACCACUGCCUGAGUGGUCGAAUCCACCGCAACUAGCGUAUGAUCCACAACUUCCUCCUGUGCCUGUUUCAAUGAGCAAGCGACCACGACACAAUGAGACUUUAGAGUACUAAUAAUAACUUGAUUUUUUUUUUCUUUUGCUUUUAAUUUAAUUGUUUAUUUAAUUUUCGUAGAAUAAUUCGUCGUAGUUAAUGAACAUCCUAUUUGAUUUAGAAUUACUAUAUUAAUUGAUAUAAAUGUUAUUGUUAUUUAUUCACAAUCUCUAUUUUUCGAUUAAUUGAUAUAAAUGUUAUUUAGCAUUAGUUUUUCUACUCUUAUAUUUGCAUCCCGGCUCGUAUAAUAAUUACCGAGUUCUAGAUCAGAGUAGAAGAAAAUUAUUUCGA